UAAAAUAGGAUGUAAAAUGAAAUACCUGUGUAAUGUUUUUGGUGCAGGUGUUGGACGAGUUGAAGCAACGAGAGUUGGGGAACUCUGAAAAAGAGGAGAAGAUGCAGGUGAAGAAGAAAACAAUCGACCUGUUGCCAGACUCAGACGACAACCUGCAGAAGCUGAAGGCUCUGGUGGAGGCCAGUGCCAAGCGGGUGGUGCACCUGGCCUCUCAGUGGGAGAAACACCGCGCUCCACUCAUCGACGAGCACCGCAGGCUCAAAGAAAUCUGCAGCAGACAAGAUCUGGAGUCAUCCCAAAAGCUGUCUGAAAUCAAAUCUGUGCACGAUAAAAUCCGUGUGUCUACAGAGGAGGCCAAGAAGAAAGAAGAGACCUACAAACAGCUGGUAACAGAGUUAGAAAAUCUUCCUCAGGAUGCAUCCCGGUCAGCGUACACUCAGAGGAUUCUAGAGAUCGUCAGCAACAUCAAGAAACAGAAGGAGGAAAUCAAAAAGAUUUUGUCUGACACUAAGGAUCUCCAGAAAGAGAUCAACAGCCUGACAGGGAAACUGGACAGAACCUUCGCCGUGACUGACGAGCUGGUCUUUAAGGUAGCAGUCUUUUUUAUCA